UACCUCAGUGUUUUACAUCAAGCAAGAAGAGACUCCUGAUUACAUUGCCUGCAAAGCCAGAACUAUGGUUUUUCAUAAUAAAGUAGCGGUUUUUCUUGUUCUUCUUGCCUGGGCAACAACAGAAUUUGCCUGGAACGCAAAUGCACAUCAUGGUUGGCAUAACUGGUCGAGAUUUGGCGUUCACAGCUACAAAUAUAUCGGAAUCAGGAUGGACUGGGCUUCUGCUGAGCAAUACUGUCUGAAUCUUGGUGCAAACUUGGUCUCAAUACAUAGCGAGGCUGAAUAUCGGCAUGUCAAGUCUGUUAUCCGUGCUAAAGACCCCAGUGAGGGUGCAACAUGGAUUGGCCUUUCUUGCUGUGCGAAGAUACGGCACUGGCUUUGGUCUGAUGGCACCAAAGUGACUUACACCAAAUGGAAUCCGACUGAACCAAAUUAUCUGCCUAGAGAGUGCUGUGCGCAUAUGAACUGGAGUGUAUGGAAGAACUGGAAUGACAUUCCAUGUGACCAUCAAUAUCCCUUUGUUUGUGUCAAGAAAAGAGUCUAAAAUGCUCCCAGCCUCACUACGCCAACUAUAUUACAAUGUUGGAACUGUGGCAAACUGUGGCCCUUAUUUUAGCAAAUUAAAAAUAAAAUAAAAACAAACAAACAAAACAAUUA